UUUCCUUCUGAUUCCCAUAACACAUUUUACCUUGUUUUUGUUCCUUUUUUGAAGGUAACACAAUCUAUCUCAAUCUGUUUUCAAUUCCAAGCCAUUCUAGCCUCUCUUUCCCUGUCAUGUUUGUUAUUUUUGCACUCUUCUAUUCUUAGUAUAUUUCAUUCUUUUCCUUAUAAUAUAUACUUUUUUUGAGGCUCUUAGCUCACUAUCAUCCUCUCUUUUUUUGGAUUUCUAUUCAUUUUUCUACCUACAAAGUUGCCAUUCUCUUAUUCCUGUGGGUUUGAUUGUAUUUCACAAUCCUCUCCGCCUUUCGCAACAUGGAAAUGUAUAUAUUUUUAGUCUAGAAACUCGGACAUGGCGUCGCAGGUUGAGAUCGCUUCUUCUUCGGCUCCAUUCGGUUGCGUUUUGAAAGAUCAUAAUAGGCGCGAGCGGAACAAUGCUGCGUUUCAAAAGAAUCUUAAGGAAUUCGUGAGGGAUCAUCUUCAUACGUGCAUUUCUGUUUCGUCUGAUGAGAAUUCGCGCAGGACUCACGUCGAUAAUGGUGGUAAUUCUGUCAAUCAUAAUGCGCGUCGGCAUUUACGUUGCUUGACUAAUCAACAAGAUCACAACAGUGAUGAUAGUAACGUGGAUGAUGGUUCUGUUAUGAGCGGGAAACAGGCGAGAAUUUUUGACGGGUGGGCUGCGAAACAGGCUCAGGAAAUGGUAUCGACAAUAGAGAAUCCGAACCAUAGCCAGGAGACCGCCUUCUCGACUAUUUCGGAAAAGAUUUCGUCUUCUGGUGUGGCCUCCUCGCUCGUGCAGAUAUGGGAAGCCAGGAUGAGUCAACCUGCCAUUAAGAUAGAGCGGUCUAAUAGCUUCAAAAACAAUUCCAAUUCUACUCCUACAACAAGCAGGACAGCCUCUACAUCCAGCUACAACGAAAUCCCAUCAUCUUCUAUCGAAGAACCGCCGAGAAAUUCUGAUAUAACGGACUCUGCUCCGAAUGAGGACGCAUUGGCCGAUUUGGAAUCAACUGCGCAGAGUUCGGUAAAUUCCAGGAACUCUGAUGCGGGAGAGAGCGAGAGAGUUCGGGUUUCAGACAUUAUCAGAAGAUUGACAUCUGAUUCUGGCAGCGAUCAUGAGCAAGCAAGCAGUAUUUCUUGUGCCUCUGAUCAACCAGAGCUGAGAGCAUUCUCACAGAUUGUAAAUUCACCGAAGAUAAGAGGACGACAAGCUUACAACGAUUUGCUAUACCAGAUGGAACAAGACAGGCAAAGAGAGCUGGAGUCAUUGUCUGGGAAACAAUCUGUUUCGAGAUUCCCUCAACGCGGCCGCAUUCAGGCCAUGCUUCGGCUAAGGUUCCUGCAACGCGGUGUGGCUAUUCAAGAUCAGCAACGAUCACAAUCGAUUCGAUCAACAUUGGUAUCCCAUUCUAGUCGAUUCAAAAAAUGCUCAACCAUCAUGCAUCUCAGGGAAAGAUUUAGCAGUGGAGGUGAUGCUGAACAUGCUACAACUAGCCUGAAUGAUGCGGCUACUCCAAGAAACACUAAGGAGAAGCUGAAUGAUAUUUCUGUAAAUAAUGAAAAUAUUUCCCCAGUCAGCCAUGUGAAUGAAGAGAAUCAUCAUCAAGAAAUCUGUAUUGCCGAGCAGCAGACUGUCACGCCAGCAGAAGACGCGUUAUCACAGAUAAGUGGCAUCCAUGACGAAGAAGAAGAAGAAGAAGAAGAAGAGGAUGCUCAUGAAGAAACUAGUACAGCUUCAGAUAAUGGAUGGCAAGGAGCAAGUUCCGAAGGCGAAAAUUUUGAACCCCGAGAAGCAUUCGGAUCGAGAAUAUCCUUGAAUCACUGGGACGACGAAGAGAUUGCUGAUCAGCAAGAUUAUGAUUGGUUUACUGAUAUAGCUCGCCCGCGAAGUUACUGGGAGGAUCAAAGGCAAGCCUGGUAUCAAGAGAUGCUUAAUACUAGUUCUGACACUAGUGAAAUUAGACAACUUCUUGAAAGAAGAACAGUGUCGACUUUUCUGUCAAGUGAUUUUCGCGAUAGAAUGGACCAGUUGAUGGAAUCUCAUGUACAGAGACAAGUGAAUGAAGAUGAUGGAGAAGAAUUAGAUGAGGAAAGUCAGGAGAGAAUGGGACAGUUAAUAUUGUCUUUCUUUGAACAACAUUCACAUCAACCCGAAGAAGAAGAAGAUCAAGACGGAGUUGAGGAAACAGAAGAAGACGACGAAGAAGAAGAAGAAGAAGAAGAAGAAGGAGGAGGACAAGAAGUACUACAUGAAGAAGUUGAUGAAUAUGGAAGGCAACAAGAAGAAGAUGAUGAAGAAGAAGAAAGCCCACCAUCAGUGCAUUCUUCAUCUCCAUUCACAUCAUGGAAUUAUAGUCCUCAGAAUCACGGAGUUGUCGAUAAUUCUGAACACACUUCACUUCCUUCUCGACACAGACAAUACUUUGCUUCUCCAAGUCAUUCAUCAAUCGAAAUGGAAUUGAUACAUGAUUUAAGAGGAAAUAUGGAGCAAAUGCAGCGCGAAAUGUCUGAGCUCAAAAACUCAAUGCAGACCAUGCAGGAAAUGCAAGCAAAUAUGCAGAACUCUAUGAAGCAGGAAGCACAUCCAGUGCAAGAGGCAUCAAAGAAUGCAAUUGAUAUCGCAACAAAGAAACGCAAUUGCUGUAUCUGCUACGAAAUGCCUGUCGACUCAUUCUUGUACAGAUGUGGACAUAUGUGCACCUGUCUGAAAUGCGCCCAUGAGCUGCAAUGGAGCAGUGGAAAAUGUCCGAUUUGUCGAGCUCCAAUACUGGAUGUGGUGAGAGCAUACAUGGACUCGUAGAGCCAUCGAACGAGUUCUUGCUCUAGAGGACCGUCUAUCUUCUUCAGACCAACACCAAUUUAACUUAACCAUGAUACUGAACAAAAAAUACACAUUGUUUCUGUUUUUUCUUUCUUUAUUGUUUUCUUCUUCAUCUGAUGUGAUUAUUUCUAAUUUUUACCUUAUAGUCUCUCUGUAUAUGAUCAGCAAUUCACCACAAACUAAUUGUUUCUUCUUUCCACAUGUACUUUUGUAUAUGAUUUUUUGAGGAGUAACAACAUUCACAAACUCUGUUCAUACUUCAAUUUAUCACAAUUUUCUCCUUUCUAUGAUUCUGUUUUC